AUGUCCCAGCCCGUAUCCGUAAUGCUGCGCGACCCAGUUCCCCCGCUCCCCCUGGCGGACGAGUCCCGCCUCUCCCUCUGCCUGCGCCGCGCGCUGCUCCCCCCGCUCCCCUUCUUCGUCCCCCUCGUGGCUCCGCCAACGGCGCUGGACCAGCAGCCGAAGAAGAAGGGCAACAGGGGGACGAUGAUGCCCCCUGGGGGCGGCGGGAACGUGAUGACGCGGCAGUUCAACGAAGUGAUGAUUAACCUGGGCGUGCAGCAAGUUAAUCAGCAGAAGUUCGACGAAGCCAUCAACACGUUCACUCUGCUCCUUGACGAGCUGGGCAACAGUGCGCCGGCUCUCAUUGGCCGAGGCACCGCCUACGCGCUCUCGGGCAAGAUCAAGGAAGCCAUUGAGGAUUACUCUCUGGCAUGCGAGCUGGACCCCAAGAUGGUGGACGCAUGGCGCAGGAGGGCCCAGGCCCGAGCAGCCAUAGGGGAGGUGGACGGGGCUAUAGAGGACUUCACCACGGCGCUCAGCCUGGAGAAGGGGCAGAUGGACCUGUUGAUGGAGCGAGGCAUGGUCUAUGCAAGGGCACGGCGUUUUUACGAGGCAGCCAAAGACCUGAGGGCGGUGGUGGCCGUGAUGCCCAAGGAGGAGCUGGCGCACGUUGCUCUGGCGGAGUCUCUGGUGGGGCUGGGCGAAACAGAGGAGGCGAUGGAGAUCUACGAGAAGGUGGUGGAUGCAAACCCGGGCAACAGGAUGGCGUGGCUGUACAUGGGGCAGGCCGCCAAGGAGCUCGCCAUGCCUGACAGGGCGGAGCAGGCUUACCGCAAGGCCACUCAGCUGGAGCCCAGGUUCGCCCAAGCGUACCGCGUGUGGGCGCUACUCAAGCAUGCCAUGGGCGACCACAAGCAUGCGCUGGAGCUGGUGCGGGUGGCAAUGCAGCUCGAGCCGGAGAAUGUGGAGGGGCAUUACAUCAAGGGGUCGUGCCACCACGCGCUGGGGCAGCUGCAGGACGCGGUGACGACAUACGAUGCUCUGUUGUCCAAGCCUACACGGCAGGAGGAGCAGCCCUUACUCUUCAUGGCAUUCUACCAGAGGGAGGUGGCGCAGUUCACAGCGUCUCGCCUCAACAAGCCUCUCCGCGACUUUGACUUUGAAGACAACUUCGGGCCCGAAUUCAAGCAAGCCUGGGCGCGUCGAUCCGUGCCCACCGACCUCUUCCCAGCCUACCGCCCGCAACCAUACCGGGCGGCAUUUGACAACCAGUUGAAACCAGAGAGGCACGUGAGCGAGCAGGUGAAGCGGGGCAGGAAGGAGCUCAUCAAGGCUGCAGACACCGUUGGUGGCCGCACUCAGUACACUUCCCCCGGCUUCCUGCCCAACCAGAGACAGCACCGCGCAGCAGGCAUGGCAGCACUGGAGAUGAUGCAGGCAGCACAGGCCACGUGGAAAGAGCAGGCAGCAGCAGCGAGCAAGCAGCAGGGCAAGGGCGGCAGCAGCAGCAAGGGGCGCGCCAGCUCCAGCAGGCGAAGCGACCACUACGACGAUUACGAUGACGAUGAGGAGGAGGAUGAGGAUGAGGAUGAUGAGGAGGACGCGGGGGUGACGGUGGGAGGGUGGAGGGACCUGUACUCCAUUGCUGUGCGCUGGCGCCUGCUGUCGGAGCCCUGUGACCCCAUCGUGUGGGUCGACCAGCUCACCCAGGAGGAGUUUGAGAAGGGCUUUGGUGCCGUGACAGCAAUGGUGCAGGGGCACUCCAAGAACCUUCGCUACUAUGCCAACUACGACAGGGCCUUCGCAUUGAUCAGGGACGAGAUGUUGGAGCAGGGAGCAGUGGAGAUUGGUGAUCUAACGCAGAAAUACGAGAUUCCUGUUGAGAUGGACGCUGAGGUGGAAGCAGCGGAAACACCGGAGGAGCUGUGGAACGUGGUGGGGCAGAACUUCCUCAUCACCGUGCCCUGCUUCUCCACCGAGCAGCCCGACUAUAUGUUGAACGGGACAACCCUUGCCGUCCGAAAGCUGGGCGAUGGCGCGUUUGACUUUGCUAUCAAGAUGCCCCUCACGCCCCCCCGGUGGAAGGAGUACGAUGCUGAGCUCACUGCCGCAUGGAAGAACCUGUGUGAGGUGAUGGCAGACGCCAAGAAGAGCAAGGACGACAAGCUCGUGAAGACCGCCAUUCUGCGAGUCGUCUACUACUGGUACAACUUCUCUCCCCUGUCUCGGGGUUCUGCCAUGGCCGGCUAUUCCAGCUUGCUCGGUCUUUUCCUCGCCGCCGGCAAGGAGAUCACCGCCAAGCCGCCUCCGGACGUUCAGCUCGACUGGGAGGCCAUCUUGUCACCCACACUGGAGGAGUUUAUAACGAGGAUAUCCAAGUGGCUCUUUGUGGGUGCAACCGACGGCUCGGAUUUCCACGAGCUCUUAGAUGUGCACGAGGCGUUCCCCACCGUUGGAUCGGCCAUCCGCAUGCUAUCCAAAUACUAG